UCAUUUGCCAGCCCACACGACUCAUUCUGCCCCAAAAAAAUAUUUCUGUAAUAUAUAAUAGUAUAUAUAUAUAGUUAAAUAGAAUUGACUGAAUCACCGAAUAGUGGGAGUUAAGGGUCAACUCAGCUAUUGAAAAUAUAAUAAUAAUAUAAGAGUAUAUCGACCCAUAUACUUAAUUAAUAAUUUUAUUAUUUCUAUCUAUUUAUUUAUACAGUGUGGGUAUUAUUUUAUCUUGUGAAAUAAAUUCAAAUUAUUUAAAUAGAUUACUGAAUACUGGACAUUUCCCCCCUAUAUAAUAACUAACCUAAUUCAAGAUAUCUUCUAUUCCUUAUAGUCCUUAUCUCAAUAUGUCUGAGAUUAAUCCUUCUGAAUUUAAUCAUAAAUUGAAGGUUAGUGCUCCAAUUCACGAUCAAUCUAUUCCUUCAUCUCCAUCUCUAUCACCAUCACCUCCUCCAACUUAUGAACAUUCUCAAGCAAAUAUUGAUAAGAAUGUUCCAAGAUUUACUAGUCGAGCCAAUUCACCUCAUUUAAGAAGAAAUGAUGAAGAUUUAGUAUCUGCUGCUGAAGCAUUAACUCAAUUAAAUAGAAGUGUUACUCCUCCUAAUUCUUCAACUACUGAAUCUAGUAGUGAUGAUGGACAAUUAGCUACUCCAAAAGAACCUACUCAUGAAAAUACAACAACUUUACAUCCAUUAGUUACAAGAGUUAAUCAAGUUUCUAAACAUCCUUUGGUUACAAAUGCUGUUAAAUAUUAUGAAAGUACAAAAAGAAAUUAUGCAUCUUUUGGAUAUGCUGCUGAUAUUGUAGAAAAGACGGCAAUUCCAGUAGUAACUAAAAUUGAAGAUAAUCUUAAUACUAGACAUCAAAAACAUUUAAAAAAUUUGGAAGCCAAAAAGAAGAAGAAGGAUUUGAAGUCAUCAUCUUCUGCAUCACCUUCAUCAUCAGGCUCUACACCAUCAGAAGUUAAUUCAACGAAGAGAAGAAGAACUUCAACUAGUAGCCAUCAUAAUUCAUUAUCUGUCUCUCUUGAAACAAAAAAUAGAAUACAAUUUUGUUUACAUAUUUUGAGACUUGCUAAUGAUAGUAUAAACAAUAAAGUUACUUUUUUACAACAGAAAGUGUCUGCUCGAGAAGAAUAUGUUAAGUCUGAACGUGAAAGAAUUGAACUUGAACAUCAACAACAACAGCAGCAGCAACAACAACAACAACCAUCUCCUGAAUUGGAAAAUACAGAUGAUGCACUUCAAACCAAAACUGAAAUAGUUACAACUGUAAAAAAGAUUAUUCGUCUUAUUUCCAAUUUCAGACCCUCUUCAUUAAGUACCGAUACAAUAACUCCAGUUUCAAGUAAUACAUCUGAAGAUAACGAAUUAAAAUCAACUAUUAGAGAUAUUAUAUUGAAUUUACCCAAUUCAUUUCAACAAAGCAAUAUUGCCAAUAGCACAUCAGCUAAGCAAGCCAAUGAUAGAAUUAUUGUUUUUGCUAAGGAAUCUUUAGAAAUGAUUGCAAAGUUAACAAAUGUAUUAAAUGAACAAUUGGUUAAGGCAGAAGAUUGGGUUGCUGGAGCAGAAGAAGAACAAUUAAAGGAAUUAUCAAAGACACAAGAAGAAAGUGAAUCAGAUAUAAUACGAACAAGUUCACAAAGCACAAUUGAAGAACCAACUGAAGAAUUUAAUUCAGUUGAUACUAAAAGAAUUAAGAUUCAAGAUUCAGAGAAUGUUAAAAUGAUAAUUGAUAAUUAAUAAAUAAUUAACAUUUAAUCAUUAAUAGUUAUUGAAUGGUUUAGGUUUGCAUAUUUGUUCAAAUAUCUGGUAAAGGUUCACUUCUUCCGUACUAUAUGAACGGUGUAUUAUGUUUAAUAGAUAUAUUAGGAAUAUAAAUAUAUUUGAAAAAUUCAUCAAUUUUUAUAUACAUGUAAUUCAUUAUUGAUUUUAUUUACAAUUAGAUUGAUAGAUUCAAUAAUUAAAACUAUAAUUUAACUAACCAUAAAACUGACAUUCUUAUAAAAAUCUAA